CCAAGUUUCAACUCAGUCGGUCGGAUUGGCAAGGUCCCACGGCGCCCUCUAUGUUGUUAGCAACACGACAGCUCAAGCAACUCGGUAUUUUAAUAGAAGAUCGUCGUUUUCCCUACAAGAACCUUUUGCACUCCAGCUUUCAAUGCCUUCCGUGUCACAGGAGUGCCUCAAUGCCCUCGCCUCCCGGGUCAAAUCUUCACUCAAGCUCUCGCGCACGCUCAAAGUUCAACAGGCUGCUGCGCAGAGCACCAUCUCCAUGCUCAAGUCGAAGGUUUCCUCGCUCGGGUCACUCGCCCAGGCAUCCUAGACCGUGUCACCGCCAAGAUCCUGUGCAUGCCCGACGCCACUCUUGCCCUCUCGACCCGCUCGAGCGUCGAACCUAACCCUCGAUCCCGCCUGCGCACGCUCGGUUCUCUUCAGUACAUGCAUCCAUUUGCCUGCGACCCAAAUUUAUAUGCACAUCAUGCCACACGCGCUCUAGUGUGUUGACGAGGAGGGUGAGUAACAGCUGGCAACAAAGACAUGAACUAGGGAGAGGGAGGCCGAGCGUCACCAAGCCAGUUCUGCCUUUGUGCCCAUGCGUGAACGUGCGACCACUCAACGCCAUGCACCUGCCUUUGCAUACUGUCCCCGUUCGUCCGCGCACUUCCCCUUGUCCCGUCAAGCCCAAGUUAGACUCAUCUAGCCCACGCCCGUCCGCCACCGAAUGCCCUCGAUCCCUUUCAUCCCUUGAGCUCACGCAUCCGCCUUCGCCUGCGACCCAGAUCCGACCCAGACCCAG